UUUAUUUAUUUUUAUAUGAUUUUUAAUAAAUUUUUACUUACGGUAAAAGAAAAAGUCGUGUAACAGGGUGUGUACCCUAUAUUUGUUCUCUGCAAGUUCAUGGCCGGGCAGCUAGACUAAGAAUUUGUCAAUUUCUGUGCUGUUUGGUUGGUUGCAAUUGCAAGCGAAUAGUGUGGACGAGUGUUGAACCACAAUGGCAGAGGAUGAUAUAUACACCAAAGAUGGAACAGUGGAUUACCGUGGAAAUCCAGCUAAUAAAAAGGAAACUGGAACCUGGAGAGCCUGCCCCUUUAUCUUAGGAAAUGAAUGUUGUGAGAGAUUGGCUUAUUAUGGGAUGAGCACAAACCUGGUGCUUUAUUUUAAGAAUCGGCUAAAUCAGCACAGUGCUACUGCUUCUAAGAAUGUCUCUAAUUGGAGUGGAACAUGCUAUAUCACACCAUUGAUUGGAGCAUUCUUGGCUGAUUCCUACCUCGGAAGAUAUUGGACAAUUGCAGUUUUCUCAAUCAUAUAUGCUAUUGGAAUGACACUCUUGACAUUGUCUGCAUCAGUUCCUGGCAUGAAACCAACAUGUCAUGGAGCCGAAGAGUGUCAUGCUACUACUCUAGAUAGUGCAAUCUGCUUCCUAGCUCUUUACCUUAUUGCUCUUGGCACUGGAGGGAUUAAGCCUUGUGUCUCAUCUUAUGGAGCAGAUCAGUUUGAUGACACUGACCCGGUUGAGAAGGAACACAAGAGUUCUUUCUUCAAUUGGUUCUAUUUCUCAAUCAACAUCGGUGCUCUUAUUGCUUCUUCUCUGUUAGUCUGGAUACAAGACAAUGUAGGGUGGGGAUGGGGCUUUGGCAUUCCUGCUGUAACCAUGGCAAUUGCUGUGGUGAGUUUCUUUUCAGGCACUAGAUUGUACAGGAAUCAGAAGGCUGGAGGCAGUGCCCUCACCAGAAUCUGUCAGGUGGUAACAGCAUCCAUAAGAAAGCACCGUGUUGAAGUACCUUCUGACAAGUCUCUUCUAUAUGAGAUUAAUGAAGGUGAAUCUGUUAUAAAAGGAAGCCGAAAGCUUGAUCACACAAAUGAGUUAAGGUGUUUGGACAAAGCAGCAGUGAUAGGAGAAUCAGAUAAAGUGGGAGCAUCAGCAAACCCUUGGAGACUUUGCACAGUAACUCAAGUGGAAGAACUAAAAUCCAUUUUGAGAUUACUUCCUGUAUGGGCAACUGGCAUCAUAUUUUCCACAGUGUAUGGUCAGAUGAGCACCUUAUUUGUGUUGCAAGGGCAAACCAUGAAUACUCAUGUUGGAAAUUCCGGUUUCAAAAUCCCACCAGCUUCCCUUUCUAUCUUUGACACCCUGAGUGUGAUAUUUUGGGUCCCAGUGUAUGACAGGAUCAUUGUGCCAGUUGCAAGAAAGUUGACUGGGCACCAAAAUGGCCUAACUCAGCUCCAGAGAAUGGGAGUUGGGCUCUUCAUAUCCAUAUUUUCUAUGGUAGCUGCAGCCAUAUUGGAGCUCAUAAGGCUUAAAAUGGUGAGAAGGCACAACUACUAUGAACUUGAGGAGAUACCAAUGACAAUAUUUUGGCAGGUUCCUCAAUAUUUUGUGAUAGGUUGUGCAGAAGUGUUCUAUUUCAUUGGUCAAUUGGAGUUCUUCUAUGAGCAAGCCCCUGAUGCCAUGAGAAGUUUUUGUUCUGCUCUCUCACUCCUCACAGUGGCUUUUGGACAGUAUUUGAGCUCUCUACUUGUGACAAUUGUGACAAAGAUUAGUACUAAGAAUGGAAGUCCAGGAUGGAUACCUGACAACCUAAACUUUGGUCACAUAGAUUAUUUCUAUUGGCUAUUGGCACUGCUAAGUCUUCUCAACUUGAUAGCUUUCCUUAUAGUCUCCAUGUUUUAUACUUACAAAAGACCACUGGGAACUUUGCGCUGAAAACUUGGUCUCUACACUGUUUCAUUUUCACACUGUAAUCUGUCAAAUCCUUUCAACUUUUCAAAAUUCUGUAAAAAUUCUUAUAAUUCAGUUUUUGAUUUUAUGAAAUUAAACUUGACUUAAAAUUU